CAGCAGCAGCAGCAGCCAUGAGCAGCCGGUGCGACGUGGUGGUGGUCGGGGGAGGCAUCUCGGGUCUAUCAGCAGCCAAAUUGCUUUUUGACUCAGGAUUGAGUGUUGUGGUUCUGGAAGCCUGUGACAGGGUUGGAGGAAGAACAUUCACUGUGAGAAAUAAGCAUGUCAAGUACGUAGAUCUGGGAGGAGCGUAUGUGGGACCAACACAGAAUCGUAUAUUGAGACUAUCUAAGGAACUGGGACUUGAGACAUACAAAGUGAAUGAAGUUGAGCAUCUCAUUCAUCAUGUCAAAGGCAAAUCUUAUCCUUUCAAAGGCCCCUUUCCUCCGAUGUGGAAUCCCAUUGCCUAUUUGGAUUACAACAACCUGUGGCGGACAAUGGACGAAAUGGGGAAGGAGAUCCCCAAUGAAGCCCCCUGGGAGGCACCACAUGCAGAUGAAUGGGACAAAAUGACGAUGCAAGAAUUAAUAGACAAAAUCUGCUGGACAAAUGCUGCCAAGCGGUUUGCCAAGUUGUUUGUAAAUGUGGAUGUUACCUCUGAGCCUCAUGAGGUCUCUGCUCUCUGGUUCCUUUGGUACGUGAAACAGUGUGGCGGGACAACUAGGAUAUUUUCAACAACAAAUGGAGGACAGGAGAGGAAGUUUAUAGGUGGUUCUGGUCAAAUUAGUGAGAGGAUUAUGGAAUACUUGGGAGAACAGGUUAAACUAGAGAAGCCUGUAAACCAUAUUGAUCAGACUGGUGAAAAUGUAAAAGUGGAGACUCUGGACCAUGAAACAUUUGAGGCUCAGUAUGUGAUUUGUGCCAUACCACCAGCACUUACUUUGAAGAUUCAUUUUAACCCAUCUAUGCCUUCUAUGAGAAAUCAGUUGAUCAAUCGGGUUCCUAUGGGAUCAGUCAUCAAAUGUAUAGUAUACUACAAGGAAGCAUUCUGGAGGAAAAAAGAUUACUGUGGUACCAUGAUUAUUGAAGAUGAAGAUGCAGCUAUUGGAUUGACAUUAGAUGACACCAAACCUGAUGGAAGCUUUCCAGCCAUAAUUGGUUUCAUCCUUGCUCGGAAGUGUAGAAGAUUAUGUCACCUCACUAAGGAAGAAAGGAAAACACAGAUCUGUGAACUCUAUGCAAAGGUAUUGGGAUCACAGGAAGCCUUACAUCCAGUGCAUUAUGAAGAGAAGGACUGGUGUGAAGAGCAAUAUUCUGGAGGAUGCUAUACAGCCUAUUUCCCACCAGGAAUAAUGACUCAGUUUGGAAGGGUCCUUCGUGAGCCAGCUGGGAGGAUAUUCUUUGCUGGCACUGAAACUGCUACUGAGUGGAGCGGCUACAUGGAAGGAGCAGUGCAGGCUGGAGAAAGAGCUGCCAGAGAGAUAUUGUGCUGUAUGGGAAAAAUUUCAGCAGGAGAAAUCUGGAAGCCAGAACCUGAAUCACUUGAUGUUCCCGCCCUGCCAAUCACAACGACCUUUUGGGAAAGGAACUUACCUUCUAUACCUGCACUACUGAAAUUGAUGGGAUUCUCUGUACUCUUUACAGCAGUGGCUGCAGCUGGGCUUGGUGCAUGUAAAAGGGGUGUGUUGCCACGAAAUGGAAAGUGGAUGUCCUAAUGUGAACCUGUAUGUCUUGAUUUGCAAAUUUGUGUGUAUUCACACAAUCAUUUUACUCUCACUGAACAGUGAUUACUGUCACUCUCAAUUAUCCCAUGUCUUUAUUCUAUGAAAUAUGGUCUUGUGAAGGAGUUUGGUAUGUUUUUGAGAGCUCAUUAACUGACAUCCCUGUGCCUAUAUUAAAAUAUACACAGUAGAAGGAGCCCUAGUGUACUUAUAUUUUUUUGUUUUUAUAAAAUGGACAACUACAGUGAUCUCACUGCAAAACCCAUAGCACAAUGAGAGAAAAGUAAUUGUGUGACACUAUCUUUGGUCUCCAGAUGUUUGGGAGAUUAGAUAACAUAGGCACAGGGAUGUCAGUUAAUAAAUCCCAGCUACAAAAUCCCAUCUAGAUUUGGAGUCUAAAUUCUUUGGCAUUGUAUUUUGGCUUCCCUUCCAAUCCUGAAGUGUUUUGCAAAAAGGAUUGCUUAAAAAUUGGGAGAGCUUUAUUUUUGUGAUGUUUUCACUUCAGUACAAUGUUGAAAACAUUUAGACUUGCUCAGUAAAUAGUCAUUUAUGUAUAAGUUGUAUAAAGCAUGAGCAGGGCCACAGAUGAGUAGGGUGAUCUUAGUGACAUGCAAAAGAGGGUGGGGUUCUUGGACCUUUAACAGCUGUACAGAAGACAGAAUUUCAAAAGGCAUAGUUUGCAUGAUCCAUUACAUUUGCUAAAAUUUCUUUUUCUUUUUCAUCCCUGUUCUCAAUUGGAUGUGGCCUCCCAACAACAAAUGCAAUCAUGAAACCUAUGUUAGUUUAUAUUUUAUUUAUACAGGUCCAUAUUCUUGAAUCAUUAACAAUAAUGGUAGCUAGGAGCAGAACAAAGGAUAUGAAGGAUUCAUAUAUCCAUGGAAGGAGGAUAACAAACUGUCCAUGGCACAGGAAAACAUCAUCCUUAUGAUUCCCUGACUUUUUGGUUUCUAGAAGUCUGUUUGGUUCCAAACUUCUCUCUAUAACCACAAGAACCCAUGAUUUAUCACCCCCCCCUUUUUUUAAAAAAAGGAAAUGAUGGUUACCAGCUACAGAUGCUGGAUUACAUCCAGAUUUAGGUCUAAUCUGACCUGUAGAAAGAAUGCAGUUUGACAUCACUUUAACUGUCAUGGGACAAAGUUAUGGAGU